AUGGCGGUCCAGUGGACAUUCUAUUGGGAACAGAUCUGCCAGAAGCCCAUCGUGAUUUUAAAGUUCAGGCGGGUAACCCUGGUGAAUCGAUUGCAAAGAAGAACAUCUUUGGCUGGUCAGUCCUUGGUAAUCUUGAAGAGAAUAGUACACCUGGCUGGAAUUUUUGCUGUCGAAACCAUUGACGACAUAACAAAGGACCAGGACCUAAAGAAAUUGAUUUUCCAAGAUCAAUUAGGAAUCAAACCAACUCGUUGCUGUACAUGCUCUGAGAAGGAAAUGCGAGAAUGUGCAUUCAUUCGACCUGUUCGGGAGUCUACUAGAGUCUUGGCCAACACUGUUUUAGACCUUUUCGGACCAUUUGAAAUCAAACUAGGAAGAAAAACCAUCAAAGAAGCUUGGUGCUGUAUAUUCACCUGUAUGUCAAGUAGAGCAAUCCACUUAGAACCUUGUACGGACAGAUCUACAGAUACGUUCUUGAUGGCAUUCAGAAGAUUUUCAUGUAUCAGAAAAUACCAAAAAUACCUGCCGGAGAUGGUGGAGAGCUGGGACAUACCGAAGAUUAAAUCUAACGUUUCAGAAUUUGGCACUUCAUUCGAAUGGUGUUGGAAUGUACCUAAGGCAAGUCACAUGAAUAUAGUCGUGGCAUCGCUGAUAAAGUCCGUUCGAAGAGCAUUGGAGAGUUCAUGUAAAAUAAUAACCUACACAGAAGAGCAACGGAGAACGUACUUAGCUGAAGUAACGUUACUGGUGAACUCUAGACCCUUAUUACCUUGCAUCCUGCAACAUUUGGGAAGAACCUCCCAUCACCCCCGAACGACCUGUUCGAAUCCCCAUUAAAUAGUGUUUUUGGAGUGUUAUUUGCAACCCUGAAUCUACAAAUCUGUAUCUUUGAUCAAUAUAUUUCCAUUUCUUGUCCGACUGUGAGCUCGAAGUGAAUAAUCCCAACCGGAAAUACGUCUUAAAACCGUCAAAACAAUGCGACGUUUGUAUCGUAUGACCCUGCAAAGGCCAGAAAUGGAUUCGCAAGGUCAAAUUGCACCUACACGCGUGAGUUUGACGUCAUCCCGGCCAAAGGAGCUUCUUAUUGGCCAAUUAUUGCGCAAUGUACACAAAGUGCGAGUAAAACCCGACAUCUUGAAAAAUUCAAAAUAAAUAUUUCUAGUCGGCGUAUACAUACGAAACUUUCUACACGAAAGCGCUUGAAUACAAAGAGUAUUUUACACAUAUAGCCGUUAAGCAAAUGUCGAAAAGUUCAAGGGAUAUUCAAGAUCUUGUGGAUAUGAAAUUUAGAAUCUUUGGCCAAGCGGUGAGUAAAUAUAUGAUUGUUUCAGUUUGUGUAAUGUUCUGACGGCACUUGACCCCCCGUUCGAAAGGUUAUUUUAUGAGGAUUACAAUGGUGACUUUUAUUUAAAAGGGGGGGGUAAAUACUCGCCGAGAUAUUUAUUUUUGAAACAUUGUGUCGUAAUAUGAUGCGAACAGCUUGUGAUAGGAAAGAGUUUUAAACCAAUAUUUUGCUGAAAUAGGGUCCAAAUUAACAAACAACGUAUCACAAUCUACCAAUGGCAAAGCUUUUCAUCAUUAUGUGCAACCAGCUGCCACUGGAACGAUGUUUAUAUUACGCCCAACUACUUCGGAAGAAGUUAUUAAAUUAAUUUCCUCAAUAUCUGAUAAGAAAGCUACAGGUCUAGAUCAAAUUCCGACUAAAUUACUUAAACUCUCUGCACCUAUAGUUUCGAAAUCAUUGUGUGAUAUUUUUAAUUUAUCCAUUCAAACAGCAAUAUUCCCUGAUGACUGGAAAUUGGCAAAAGUAUCCCCUAUAUACAAAGGCGAUGCAAACGAUAAUGUAGGGAAUUAUAGACCAAUUUCAGUUUUAAGUGCAAUUUCUAAGGUUUUCGAGCGUAUUGUUUUUGAUCAGCUUUACACCUAUUUCAAUGAAAACAAUCUGUUACACAAGAAUCAAUCAGGCUUUAGGAAGUGCCACUCUACUAUGACUGCUCUAAUAGAUGCCACUAUGCGGUUGUUUAUAUUGAUCUAGCGAAGGCAUUUGAUACAAUAAGUCACGAGAUAUUACUUGAGAAACUCCACAUUUACGGGGUUGAUGCAAAUAGUUUAUCCUGGUUUCAAUCCUAUUUACAAGAUCGUAAACAAAAAUGUUAUGUGAAUGACGUUCUAUCUGGCGAACGUACCAUUAAUUGUGGUGGGCCUCAGGGGUCAAUUCUUGGACCGUUAUUGUUUCUCAUAUAUAUAAACGAUCUUCCUCAGUGUUUAAAACAUUCUACAGCUCGAAUGUACGCUGACGAUACAAACAUAACAACGACAAGAACAUCUAUUCGAGAAAUAGUAACACAUGCUAAUGAUGACUUAAAUAAUAUAAGUGACUGGCUGAAAGCAAACAAACUAAGCCUUAACGUGACUAAAACUGAGUAUAUGUUCAUUGGAUCAGAUCAAAAUCUUGACAAGUUAAGAGAUGUACCACUACUAUUUCUUGAAAACAAAGCGAUAAACAGGGUCAAAGCAACCAAGUCAUUAGGGGUACAUAUUGAUGAAAAACUAACAUGGCAUUAA